UCUAGGACCCUGGAGAGCCUGGACUAUUCAGCUCUGUACAAAUACGAUCCACCUGCACGCGUGAGCCUCAAACACGCCGCUGGCCUCUUUCACCAUCUCCAGCAGCCUCCUCCUGGUCGCCCAGGACGGGGUGGGAGGGGGGCUUUCAGGGUAGGUGGACGCUGCUGGCUGCAUCAGAAGGUCCCCGUUAUCGGGGCGUUGGCUGGGAGCGUUUGGAGGUUCAGGGCCGGAUCCUCAGGGGGUGUAAAUCGCCGGUAGUCAGCCAACUUGGAAGGAGCUAGUUUACGCCAGCUGUCCCUCAGGCUGAAGCUGGUUUGGAAGAUCCAGGAAUAGAACCCAGGAGUCCGGCCCCCCGGUCCCCUGAAGCUCUGCUGGGGGUGGGUUUUAUUCCCCUCUCGAGAUGGGAUGCGCUCUGUCGGGUUCCGGGAUCGCCCCGGGGAAAACCAUUCCAGAGUCUAAGCGGCGCCCGUCGGUGGAAAGCCAAGCGGCGUCGAAAACGGGACCGGAGCACGGCGGCGACGGGCCGGGGGCAGUUCCCUUUCCGCUGGUGGACGCGCAGAAGGAGCGGAUCCAGGAGUCCUGGCGGAUCCUGCACGACAAUAUCGCCCGGGUCGGCAUCAUCGUCUUUAUCAGGUUAUUCGAGACCCACCCCGAGUGCAAAGAUGUCUUCUUCCUCUUCCGGGACAUCGAGGACCUGCAGCAGCUCAAGAUGAACAAGGAGCUGCGAGCCCAUGGCCUGAGGGUGAUGUCCUUCAUCGAGAAAAGCGUGGCCCGGCUGGACCAAGAGGACAAGCUGGAACAGCUGGCCUUUGAGCUUGGCAGGAGUCACUAUAGAUACAAUGCCCCUCCCAAGUACUAUGAGUACGUGGGCAUCCAGUUCAUCAGCACGGUGCAGCCCAUCCUCAAGGAGCGCUGGACGCCGGAAGUGGAGGAGGCCUGGCAGAGUCUGUUCAAGUACCUGACGGCCGCGAUGAAACGGGGGUACUACAAGGAAGAGGAGAAAUCGGGCAGCAUCCAAUCCCUGGCCUUGAGGAAACCCGGGACUGGAUCCAUCCUGAACAGAAUAUAGGAUCGAGAGCGGGCGGUGCCGCGGUUGGCUUGGCUUGCUGUGAUAUUCCCAUAGGAUCUCUCCAUCCCCCCUGUGCACAAGGAACUGCCCUUGCUUGUGACUUUCACUGGCUGUGAUUCCAGCUGACCGGAGCACAGAAGCUGGAUUUUUGCUGCUGGUCAGAGGCCCCAUCUGUGCAGCCGGGGUCCCCAUGGGGUCGCUGCAGCAGGUAGAGGCAGUAAACUAUCGCUGAACCCCCUCUACUUUGGGCAUAGGCAGUUCUGGGUGGGCUUCCUGGAAGAGAAAAGAGGCUGAGAACAGGAGUGGGCUUUAGAGACUGGCGUGAGGGCCUUGAUUUCAAUAUAUGGACUGUUAUCCAUCCGGCCCAUCUAGCAGCGGCGGGGAAGGAGUUAAACAUCCCCCGCGUGUGCAGCGCGGCGGUGUUAAAGGUGACUCGCAAAGGGAAAUGAAAUUGGGGUGUGGGCCCUCCCCCCGUUCUGCUUCUUUCCAAUGGAUCAAGACACCCAGAGAAAUUAAACUUGGUCCGCCCCAGCCUUCUUGCGAGCUGGUAACAGUCUGCUACCGCUGCCAGCUCCGGGAGCGACUCUGUUAGCUUGAGUGGUGGAGGCCCGUGCUAGGCAUAAGACCAGUGAGACGAGGUAGAGACAGCUGUACAAGGGGAGUACAAGGAAAGAAUGAGACAAUCUGGUCAGGUUCAAACCUGGUUGAUGGCCCUGUGCUGGGUGCCGGUAUAAAACUGAUGCUGGAGGAGGGCCAUGAAAUCACGUGGACCUCAGAGACGGGGGCAAUAGGACAGAAGUAGCCUUACCUUGUGGUUAAAGCAUUGGUGGGGGAUGCAGGAGAUCAAGGGUCACUCCCCACCUCCGCUACAGCUUCCCUGUGUGACCUUUGGCAAGUUACAUCAUCUUUCUAGGCCUGGGUCCCCCUCGAUCUGUACAAUAACUGUGCCUUUGUCCAGUUAGACUGGAAGCUGUCUGGAGCAGGGGCAGUCUCCCAGGGGGCCCUGAUCUCAGUUUGUAGUGGCAAUAAAGCGAGCUUUUACAGGAGAAAUGUUGACCUGGCAACCUACCCUGCAGGACUCGAUGGAGAACUAGCCCUGGGGCUGGUCUAGGCGCAAAAAUGGCACCAAUUUAACUAAACCCCCCGCCCCCAAAAUUCAAAGCCAACUUAGUUAAAUGAGUGCAAACCCACCUCAGUGAUUAUUUAUUAUUUCAUAGAAUCAUAGAAUAUCAGGGUUGGAAGGGACCUCAGGAGGUAUCUAGUCCAACCCCCUGCUCAAAGCAGGACCAAUCCCCAAUUUUUGCCCCCAAUCCCUAAAUGGCCCCCUCAAGGAUUGAACUCACAACCCUGGGUUUAGCAGACCAAUGCUCAAACCACUGAGCUAUCCCUCCCUCCAUUUGUACUAUGGAAGGCCCUAGGAGCCCUAGCCAUGGACCAGGCCCCCACUGUGCCAGGCGCUGUACAUCUUUAUUGCUAUUGCAUGUAUUACGGUCGCGCCUUGGAGCCCCAGUUAAUUGGGUUCCCCGGGGUAUUAUGGGCUUACCCUCCCUUUUUCGCCGUCAUCCCUCCAACUCUCUUGCGAUGCCCUUAAAUAAAGCAGCAACUUCCGUGUUUGCGGGCAGACGUUUUGAUUUCUGCCCCUGCCGUCUGAGAGCAACUCCUGUCAGUUUCUCACGGCAGCAUCCAGGGCUGGUGCUAAUUCUCCUGCUUUGGGCCAGGUUCUUCCCUUCUGCCAGCGAUCAUCCUUGAUUAACAACCCCCGCCCCCCACAUCUGUCCUGGCCUCUAGGCCACCGCCAAGCAAGCAAUAUUCAGCUCCUGCUUUUUGCCCAGCCUCGGCCACGUGGCCACGUCUCCCCUCGUCCUGCGAUGAAACCUGGAACGUUCUGCAGUUUUGAUGCCUUGUGCGCCCGCCUUCCCAGCGUUUCCCUCCUGCUUUCUGAGCUGGUGACAAACUUCUGGAGGUUUGAUUGCCGGGAAAACGGCUUCUCUGCCCAAAUCUCAUUUGCAAGGCAAUAGCCGAUGGAAUGGUUGCUGCUAAUCCUCGUUUUCUGCAGGAAGCGCCUCGAUUUCCCCCUCAGGCGUGCUCCUUGCAGUUUGCCUCAUCCCUGGUUUUGCAAAUUGCGAGGGAAAAUACGUCCACUCAGGGGCCUGAAGGCUGGGAAUGGGCUGCGUCACUUCCCUGCAUCACAAGAGAGCGUGCACGCUGGCCGAGUGGCUGGAAGCUCCCUUGGACUCUCGCCAAGGUUUUACAGGGAGGUUGCAGGGGAGCCAGAAAAGGGAUGCAGGAUUCCCAUAUCCUAGGGUCAUGCCUUAACCUAACCUCUAGAGGGUGCCGGAAGGAAGGGGAGGGGGGGAAGGGUAGAGCAUGGCUCCAGCCCAUAAUACUCUGGGCAACCUAGUUAACCCUAUCACGACCGCUUUGCUACAGCGUAAGCGUAUUUAUACUGAAGUAGCUGGGUCCCCGCUGAUCCACUUGAAUUGGCUCGGGAUCGCUAAAGCAGGCCGCCUUUCUCUACAGACCAGGCCUGAGACAGACAGAAGAGGGCACAGAUCCAGUCUUGUCUAUUCCUGGGCAGGUCGCCUUUCAGCGCUCCCUCUGGUCUGCACCAGGGCCUUUCUUUCUUUCUUUCUUUCUUUUUUUCUGCUGCUGUCUUGCGGACCUGGGUUCUCCAUGGCCCCCAAACAGCGGCUUUCUCAACAGCCGUCGCAGGGAUCGCGAAAAAAGUUGAGGGCUGAAGCAUUCAGCGUGUCGGGACACUCCGUGCUGAGCUCCCAAAUCUUCCAAAAGGGGCUGCUGAUUUUGAAUGACUGGGGGCACGGCCCAGGACUCCUGGGUUCUAGUCCCAGCUCUGGGAGGAAGUGUCAUGCAGCGGUUAGAGCCGGGCGAUUGGGUGUCAGGACUCCUGGGUUCUAGUCCCAGCUCUGGGAGGGAGUGUGAUGUAGUGGUUAGAGUGGGGGAAGCUGCAGGGUGGGGCUUCUGGGUGCUAUUUUUGGCUAUGGGAGAGGAGUGGUGCCUAGUAGUUAAAGGACGGGGGAAUGGGUGUCAGGAAUCCUGGGUUCUGUUCCUGGCUCUGGGAAGAAGGAAGUAAUCUAGUGGUUAAAGCAGGGGAAUUUAUAGAUUCCAAGGCCAAAAGUGCCCAUUGUGAUCAUCUAGUCUGACCUUUAUAACACAGGGCAGAGAAUGGCCCCAAAACGCUUCCCAGAGCAGAGCAAAACAUCCCAGCUUGAUUUUAAACGUGCCCGUGCCGGAGAAUCCACCAGGCUCCAGUGAGUAAUUACUCUCACCGCUAACAUUGGGCAGCCUGGACUCCUGGGUCCCAUGCUGGGUUGGUUAAAGCCAAGGGGAGCUGAGAGUGCUUAAGGCUUCUGAAAAUCUAGCCCAGGUUGGGCACCCAAAAUGAGUGGCCAGGUUUACUAAACUGUCGGGUGGAUUCUAGGCGCCUAAUCCCCUGUGUUAGCCCCGUGACUGCUGUCCCGAUGAUCCGAGCCUUCUUCCUAUACACACCCCUCAGCUGCGUAGCUCUGCCUACAGUGACAUGACACGGUUAAAUAAACCCACA